ACGAAUAAUUAAAAUCUCGACCAAUAAACAAAUUUUAUUCAUUUUCAGUUAUAAAAACAGCAGGUUCGGUUAGGGUUGAUUUUUAUCAACAACUGCAAUGUUGUUAAAUUAUUCGUAACAUUUUAUAAAUGUAUUGCAGAUACCAUCAAAAGCAGCCACAAAAAUGGGAUUCCCUUUCUUUGUUUCUUUACCGGAUGACGUCAGACCCCCAGAGCAUCAAAACCAAGACGAAUCGCCGCUGUACAUAAAGUACGUGGAAGUAACCGAUACGAAACCGUGCUAUGCUUCGUAUAAGAAAGUCGAAAAUUCCUUGUUACUUCGUUACUUGGUCAACAGCCGUGGUACCAAAGUUCUGGAGCAACUGCUGAUGGUCAAAUUUAAGUCGAAAGACAAUGACUUCAUUGUAGAAACUUUAAAGAAGGGGAUCGAGUGCAACGGAUCACAGUAUCACUACCUCGGACAAUCAAACUCCCAGCUAAGAGACAAAACGUGCUUUAUGAUGAACGCUUCGCUGAGCGAAAUGCACAGUUUGCUAGCAAAGUUUGAAAACUUCGACGAGAUUCGUCCAGUCGCUAGACGAUCCCAAAAGGUUGCGCUACUCUUUUCGCCUUUCCAACGCAGUUUGAAACUGAAAUCCGGCGAAUAUGACGUCAUCGAUGACGUAACAAGCACAUUGGGAACUUAUGUCUUCACAGAUGGGUGUGGUCUAAUGUCACCUGAGCUCGCGAAGGAAGUGCAGAGUUUGUACAAUUUAUCGUACGAGCCCAGUGUCAUUGAAGUGCGAUUCAAAGGUUUCAGUGGCAUCUUAGUGUGUUGUAACGAAAUGCCAAGGCUUCGACUCAAGGCGCUGUUUAGAAACUCGAUGUCGAACUUUGCAUCUUCUAGCGAAGCCUUGAUUGACAUGGACACGCUUGGUAUCGUAGACUACUCGCGGACCUACUCGCUGGGUUAUUUGGACACACAGACAGUUAUGCUGUUGGCCGAAGGAGGUGCCUCGCGCGAGUAUCUAGAGACACUUCAGAACAACUACUACGAAGUACUAGAUCGGUUGGAAGACAAGACGUACGCUGGUUACUUCUUGCGAACAACAGGGAAUGAAGACUUCCUACAGGAGUUCCAGCGCGACGGAAUGACUGACGAAGUUACAGGAAAAUUGCAACGAUUGAAGACUAAGGAGAUACAAAACAUGAAAAGGGGAAAAAUAAUUGACGAAAACCAAGGAAAUGACGAAGAGGGAGAUAGUGAAGUCGACACGAAAUUUCAACGUAAUCUCAAAACGAUGGACGCGAACGCAGAUCGCAAUUCUACCACAAAAGAUGUUUACUUAAGCCAAAACAUGACUCGCGCUUUCGAUAUCAGAGUUUUAACACCAGAUGCACGAGUGGUCUAUGGAGCCAGCGAUCCGUACGACCAGCUGAACUAUGGAGAAUGUUUCUUCCAGCCAACGCUUCAUAAAGCGGAGUGCAAUGCAUUCUCUUUCGCCGAGUUCGUGCUGGUGAUGCGAAGACCAUCGUACCACGCGGGAGAUGUUCGUGUUUUAAGACUAACUCACAAGAAUGAAGCUUACAAAGA